UUUUGCAUGUUAACUAUAAUAACUAUUUCUUGUUAUAUUGUUGAAUGUAUUUUGUAAUCAUCUGUGCAAAAUGAAUUAAUACUUGGAAUGUGUGUCACAUGCAGAUGAAAAAAAACCAUAGUUGUUGGGCAUCUUUAAAUGAAAAAUUUAUUCAUUCAUUCAAAUAAACUUUAACUGAUUGCGAUGAGGUGAGUCGACUUUAAUUAGUUGAUGUGUAAUUUUUUUGCUCUUUUAUUCCGGAAUUUCAUUUUGUUAUUUUUUUUGGGGGGGGGAUCAACAGAAAUUUAAUGUGGUGUAAUAAUUUUUAGAUUUGAAAAUUUGAAUGUUGAAAAACGACUCUCCUUGAUUUUUAUAAUUGUUUCCUUGGAAAUGAAAAUUAACUGUUUGCUACAUAUUUCGAAAGUGCUUUUUUCAAACCAUCAACUACUAUUCUCGAGGGUUCUUGAAAACACUUUACCCGUGGCCGAUGGUUUUUGUGGUUCAUUUUGUGGUUUAAUCAUUACCCGAGUUUCUCUAGUUUUUCUCUUCGUAUUGCCUUUUUUUUUUGUCUGAAAGUAUUAAUUUUUCAACCGUAAAGGUUUUUUAAUUGUAGGUAGUGUUAUUUUUCCUGGUCUUCACUUUUCAGUCUGCGUAAUAUUCAAUCCCUGAAAAAUAACUGAUAGGUACUAUAUUUUACAUAAUUUUCCAUAUUUGUGCUAUUUCCUAUUCAACAUGGACGUUUACUUCGAUGUUUCAUUUACCUACGUAUAAAUUUUAUUUUCCAUUUGACUGUCGAUUCGCUGAUCAAUUCGCAUUAGGAGCUGAUUUCUUGCCCAAAUUGAAGAUGACUCUGUUGUGGGAAGAGCUGAAGAAAAUCGUACGACAACUUCGAGGCUUACAAAAUAUCUUCGGUUACAAGAGCACAGUGGCGAAUCAAAUCUUCCUCUUCUAUUGUUUCUGCGGUAAAAUUUACUUCACUGAUAAAAUUCACCCGGGGGUGAAGUACCUUUGGUACAUUUUGGUGCUGAGUGAGCUGUUAAUUUCGUACGCACUCACCUUAGUGUACUUUUUAUACGAUGACGAACACGAUGUAAUGAUGAUGUUGAGCGCUGCGAACGUCGUCAGCACCAGUAACGUGGCAGUUUUUGGAUUUCCUCUGAUCUCGUACAUUUGCGGUGAUCAUAUCGAAGCCAUCAUUGAUCAAGUCGACGAUAUUUUCGCUUCUGAAGAAAAUCCAACAGGCGAUUCUCACUCCGGAGUUAAACAACUGAGAGUAUUAGCGGAUGUGAAAAAUGUUUUCUGGUCGUUGUUGGGAUUUUUUGGAGUAUGCUGCGUCGUAUAUCUUUUUAUUUGCUUUUUCGACGUCGUCUUAUUUUUCAAGGAAGAGAAGGUGAAAAAUGAUUAUUAUUAUUACAUGUCGCCAAUUCCUCCGAUGAGAAAACACGGUUCUUUUAAAUUAUUCUUCAUCUUUAAUGGUGUUUCAACCUUUGUUUUUGGCAUGUUUUUGGUCAAGUUGAUUUCAGUGUUUUCAGUCGUCUUGUAUUGGAACACGGUUUGUCGAAACGAGUUGAUUUGUUUACGAGAUGAAUUCCACAAAAAGUCUCGUAGUUUGAGCGAAUGCAUGGAAAAGGGUGCAUGGACAGGGGGAACUUUGAAGAAAUGGAAUCGAGAUUUCAAUGCUGUGAUUGUACGUGGUGUUGUUAAAUUUCAAGAGACUGUUUUCUUGAUUAAUUACUUGAAAACCUUCAUCGAGGUGAUUGGCUCAUUUGUAACACCUUUGGCGUUCUUUUAUGGCGUUGCUGUUCUUUACAUAUGUUUAUCAGAAGAUAUAUUUUUCGUUCUGAAGCUGAAAUACGUGGCUGGUACAUUGGGAACUACGUUUUCAGCGUUCAUCUUCUAUUGGACUGGGCAGAAAUUGGACGAUGCGAUAUUUGAAGUAUCAGUGGCUGUGUACUCAACCCCUUGGUAUUGGUCGGUGAAUGUUCGAAGGAACGUUCAUUUCUUAUUAUAUCAGACUCAGAAUGUGCAAAAUUUCUCAAUUUUAAAAGUGUACGGAUUGCUGUUGAAGAAUUUUUCCAGAUACGCGAAUGGAGUUAUGACUUCUACAAAUUUAUUGCGGAAACUUACCAGAGAAUAAAUCAUAUUUUUUAUUUUUUAAGUGACAGUUACUUAAGAGCUUGACCUAAAGAUUGAAAGGGUGUGAUUUUAAUCGACCUGUGAUAUUUACCUACUCAUAUUUUUGUACCUACCUAUUUUCUCGCUUAUAUUUUUAUCCUCAACUUGAAAAAGUAUACCUAUAUAUUUAUCAACA